UUUCUCCUUUAGAACAUGUUUUCCUUCUCUUUAAAAUGAAAAUGUUUAAAAUAAAGUCUAAGUCUAUUUAUUUAUUUAUUUUUAUAAAUAUUCUUUUGGUGUUUGCUCCAUGCAAGGAUUACAACCAUAGUCUGAAACAGAGUGACCGCCCUCUAGUGAGACAAAGAGAGAUCAUAAACUUUCCAGGUCAAAAGCGGUUUCCUCGCAAUAUCCCAGGGCAAACGACCAAAUUCGCUUUUACUCCCAAAUUAUAGCUGGAGUUAAUGAUAGGUUUGCUGCGGUCUCGCAGAUGGCGCCUCCUCCGUCCCUGCCUCUGUCGAAUGGAAGUAAUCAGCGCUUCAGAAUUUGCAUUGACUGACGUCUGGUUAGUGAAGGGCGGAGUCCGGAGCGAUGACACGUCAGAAGGCAGCAGAGACAGUCACGUCUCUCUUUAUAGGUGUGAAGAGAGAGCGACGCAAUUCCUCAGCCUCGCUCUGCUGAAAGCAUCUCCUCAUUGCGCUGAGGAGCGGAUAGUGUUUACUGCCGCCGACUGAAAGCAUGAGAAUUUCAAUGUUAGUUUCUCUCAUCAGGCCGACCGGGCCGAUUAUUGUGGGCAUCUCUCUGGGAUUCACCCUGAGCCUUCUGAGCGUCACCUGGGUGAAUGAGUCCUGCGACUCUGACUGGAUGGGAGCCGCCGACGAGAUGCUCAUAGGGCAGCCUGGGAGCUCGAAAGGGGCCCGUAAACCUAGUUCGAUAUCCACUGGCACAACUGACAACGGAAAUGUCGAGGAGGACUUUGAGCCCAGAAUAGUGCCUUAUAACAAGCCUGCUCAGGAAGGUCCUCCAAAAAAAGUUUUCAGAUCCAAGUAUGCCAGCACAGAGCUUGGAAUUCGUGAACGUCUCUUUGUUUCAGUAUUUACCUCCAAAGCCACCAUGAACACGUUAGCCGUGGCCAUCAACCGGACCCUCAACCACCACCUGGACGGCCGGCUCAUCUUCUUUACAGGCACUCGCAAUCGUAAAGUCCCUAAUGGAAUGUUUGUGGUCGCCCACGGUGAUGAGCGUCCAGUCCCAAACAUGUACCAGUCUGUCCGAUACCUUCUAGAGCAUCACAUUGCUGAGUAUGAUUGGUUCUACCUUGUCCAGGAUGAUACCUAUACCCAGCCUGAAAGGCUGAAGACUUUAGUAAGCCACCUGAGCAUGGGCCUUCAGCUUUACAUGGGCCGUCCAGGAGAGUUCAUUGGGGGUGAAACCCAGGGGAGGUACUGUCACAGUGGACCAGGAUUUCUACUAUCCCGUGCACUACUUCUGAAGCUCCAGCCUUUCUUGGAGCAAUGCAGGACUGACAUCAUAAGUGUCAGACCUGAUGAGUGGCUCGGUCGCUGCAUCAUUGAUUAUGUAGGCAUGAGCUGUGUGGAGGAAUAUGAGGGGCUGAAUUAUAAUUAUUUUACAAUGGAAAACAAUGUGGACCUUCCCAGAGUGGGGAAUGAUGGAUUCCAGAAGGCUCUCACUGUUCAUCCAGUGACCAGUGCAGAACUUAUGUAUCGUCUGCACAAACAUUUCACAGAAAUAGAACUGCAGAGGACCUAUGAGGAGAUUGAAAAACUGCAGUCUGAGAUAAAGAAUGUCAGUGAAGUAGCAGCGGAUGGAAACAAGAGUGCUCUAUGGCCUAUCGGCAUCACACCUCCCUUUGAACCCAAAAGCCGCUUUGAGGUACUGCGUUGGGACUACUUUACCGAAGACAACAUUUUCUCCUGCGUAGACGGUGCCCCUAAAUGCCAGCUCAGUGGUGCUGAUCGUGAUGACGUGACUGACGUCAUCAAGGUUGCUGUUGAAGAGCUCAAUAAAAAAUACAACCCUUUUGUACAGUUGAGUGCUCCACGACUGGUGAACGGUUACAGGCGCUUGGACCAGACACGAGGGAUGGAGUACACCUUGGACCUGCAGGUCCAGGCCACGACUGAGUCUGGUCACCAGAAAUCUAUCGCACGCCGUGUACACCUUGUGCGACCCCUCAGCCAGGUAGAGAUUAUCCCCAUGCCUUAUGUCACCGAGGCUACAAGAGUUCACGUCUUCCUGCCCCUCACUAGUUAUGAGUCCCAUGUAGCACUGCACUUCUUGGAUCACUGUUCCACCAAUUUGUUUGAGACUGGUGAGAAUGCGGUUCUUAAUUUCCUGUUCAUCUACGAACCCGCUGAGGCCCAAAAAGUGAGUACAAAUGAUGUCUUCGCAGAGGUCAAGGCUAAGAUCACCGCCAUUGAGCGCAGAUAUCCUAGCGUAAAGGUGUCUUGGAUCAGCAUAAAGACAGAAAGUCCUGGUGUCCUGCGGAUCCUGGACAUUGUUUCUAGGAAGCACCCAGUGGAAACGCUCUUCCUCCUGGUCACAGCUGACACAGUACUCAACUCAGAGUUCUUGAAUCGCUGCCGUAUGAACACCAUCAGUGGCUGGCAGGCGUUCUUUCCCAUCCAUUUCCAAGACUUUGACCCCAGUGUGGCUUAUCCAGACCAGGUUCCCCCUGCCUCACAAGACCUGGUCCGGGAAGCGGGCCACUUUGACCGCUACACCUUUGAGGAGGCGUGUUUCUACAACUCUGACUACAUGUCCACGCGUACGCGGAUGUCUGGGGAUUUGCAGGAGAACGAGGAGCUGCUGGAGAGCCUGGAUCUUUAUGACAUGUUUGUGCAGUACUCAGGACUACACGUGUUCCGUGCCGUCGAGCCUGCUUUGCGCCAGGCGUACCGCAAUCGGACCUGCGAUCCUCGACUAAGUGAGGACGUGUUCCACCGCUGUCUCCAGAGCUCUCUGGAGAGCCAUGGGUCACGUUCCCAGCUCGCCAUGCUAAUAUUUGAACAAGAGCAGGGAAACAGCACCUGAGGAGCUUCCAAGGAAGCAACAGUGGGGUAACUGUAGACUGGCUAACCGCUAGCACUCCUUAACAUCCUUCAACCAGUUCUCUAGUAAAAGCUGUUUGAUUAUCUCACUGAAUUCAAAGUGUUCUGAAAGGAAUAUUUUAAGACAUUUAACAAGAAAUGUCUAGAGACAUCUUUUCAGUGAGCACUUGACUCACAACUGUUAAUGCACUACAAAAAACUUAGACUGUUCUUUCACUGUGCUUUUCUGAACAAUUUUAGGAUUUUGUAUUGCGGCACAUCUCAUGUUGCUGCCUCGUUAGGAUGGAUUGCUUUUAAUGUUGUAUUCUUAAAUGUUAUUUACCUUACAGACUGGUGUACUUAAGCCCAACGUAUACUUCAGUUUUGACACAAAUGCUAGCAUAUGCGUACAGCCAAAUUCAUAGGCUGCUUCCGAAAUCGCAUUCUCUCUGAGUAGGUACUUAUUUUGAAUAUUAGUAUGUGUUUAGUAUGAAUGUAAUCCGGAUGUACAUGUGACUUACCAGCAUCAGCUGCAUCACUUCAGUUGUGGCCUAGUGGUUAGAGAGUCGGACUUAUAACAGGUUGCGGGUUCGAGUCUCAGUAUCGGCAGGAAAUGUAGGUGGGGGGAGUGAACGAACUGCGGUCUCUUCCACUCUCGUUACCCACAACUGAGGUGCCUUUGACCUAACCCCCAAUCACUUCCCGGGCGCCACAGCAAAAACGGCUGCCCAAUGCUCCGGGUGUGUGUUCACGGUGUGUGUGUGUGUUCAAUACUCACUGCUGUGUGUGUGCACUUGGAUGGGUGAAAUGCAAAGCACAAAUUACGAGUAUGGGACACCAUACUUGGCCACAUGUCACUUUCACUUCACAAAUCCUCUCCCGUGGCCUCAUAGGAUAGUAAAGUGUUCAUUGUAUCAUCUGUGUACUUUUUGACUACUCUUUUAUGAGUACUGUGAAUUCAUACUACUCUUGUCACAUACUGUUUUUAUGCGAUUUCAGAUGCAGCUAUAGCCUGUAAAAGCACACUUCAUCUGUUUAUUUUAUGACUAUGAAACAGCAGGUUAGGGCAGUGUUGCCACCUUGUGGACAAACUAAUUACUGCAACAAAAGUCAAGGCACAAGCAUGCAGAGUAUGCACAAUUUAAACAAUCUGGCUAUGUACUGUACGUACAGUGUGUGCAUACUAUGCUGAUGAUGAAAUUUGUCACAUGCACUGUGCUCAUAGUAUGAUUUCCCCUCCCACUCCAAACCACUUCAGCACAAACUCUGUCCCACAGCCGAUUCU